AUGACGGGUGUCGAUGCGAGCUUGCUAGAGCAUAUCUACCCGGCUGACAGCAACAUUUUGGACGUCGGCGACUCAUGCAGCAACGCCUUCUUCACGAGUGGCACUACCUCCCAACAACAUCUCCUCGACCUGCUUCCGUCAAUGACACUCUGCGAUGCACUGAAGACGGUCUUCUGUAACGUGUUCUCCCCGCUCUUCCACAUCCUUCACGACCCUAGCUUUGAUGUCCUGUACCAGAGCUUUCGAGCAUCUCCGGAGCAUGCGCCCCUCUCCUCUCUGGCAUUGAUUUUCGUAGUCAUUGCAAUUGCAACUACUGCGCUGUCGGAAGACGACCCCCUUCUGAGAGAACUGGGCCACGACACCAACACCAGCGCUAAGGUGCGCAGGUUGACGGCAAAGUACCAAUCUGCCGCAUUAAGAUGCCUUGCGACCGACAACUUUAUGUGGCGGCAUACACUGGCCACGCUUCAGAGCCUCAUUCUGCUGAUCUACUCCUUCAGCCAUACACGAGGACCAUCUUGGUCAUUGCUAGGGGCCACCUUCAACAUCGCGGUCGCACUAGGUUGCCAUGUCGACCCUGUGCGACUCGAAGGCCUCUCGGUCGUGGAGUCCGAGGAGCGGCGACGUUGUUGGGCAGGCCUCAUGCUAUUGUACACCAUCCAGAAUACAUGCUUGGGGCAUGUGGCGCCUGUCAUCGUUACAGCGUCCGUCCAGCUUCCUGCAGAUAUCGAAGACGAGGAUUUAGUAACGCUCGCAUUACAUUCACCACCCAACGAGGCCCAAACACCACGUCCUUCCAAAAUGGCCUAUAUUCUACACAAAUUCAAACUCUACCAACUCGCUGCUGAAAUAUGCCAGCUUCCGCCUCCAUCCGCUGGCGCCUCCGCCGCUUCUUCGCUCGACGCCAUCCAUUUCCGCAUAGCCUCGCAGCAAUCCGAGCAACGAGCACACUUCGCCAACGUCCAUUCCCUACCAGUAUACCACCAAGCCCAUCAUCGCAUCCUCAGAAUCUACACUAACCACUUGUUCAUCCUUCUGCACCGACCCUACCUACACAGUGCGGCGGUCCGUACCACCGAAUCCGCCUCAUAUCCUUCUGCAACCUCGCCACAGCCCCCACUUACAGCCCAAACGUCACGCAGCCUGCAUCAGAUCCUCGAAUCCGCGAUGAUAAUCCUACGGAACUAUCUCGUGCUCGCUGCAGGCCCCGAUUUCGCGCCCUACCGCUGGUACGUGCACGGUGUGGGCGCUUUCCACGCAUUGCUCGCCGCCGCAGCGCUGAUUGUUGCGGCGAGUGACUCGCGGGCCGCGCUGGGCUCGGCACUACUCCCUCAACAGGAAUUUCGGAGUUGGGGAAUGGCAUGCAGUGGCGGCAGGAAGGGACGGCGGAGGAAGACGUAG